GUAACCUACAGGGUGAACUGGGAGGUGGUGCUUAUUUACACCCGUGAGGUUGCUAAAUUGUUGAUCUGAAGAUUUUUUUCAGGAGUAUAAAAGUUGAAAAGCGGGUCUUCAGAGAUGAGCAGUUCAGAGGAAGUGUCAUGGAUCUCCUGGUUCUGUGGACUGAGGGGGAAUGAAUUUUUCUGCGAGGUGGAUGAAGACUACAUCCAGGACAAGUUCAACCUGACGGGGCUAAAUGAACAGGUUCCCCACUACCGCCAGGCCCUAGACAUGAUCCUGGACCUUGAACCAGAUGAAGAGCUGGAGGACAAUCCCAACCAGAGCGAUCUGAUUGAGCAGGCGGCUGAGAUGCUGUAUGGCCUCAUCCAUGCACGCUACAUCCUCACGAACCGAGGCAUUGCACAGAUGCUGGAGAAGUAUCAGCAAGGAGAUUUUGGCUAUUGCCCCCGAGUCUACUGUGAGAAUCAGCCAAUGCUUCCUAUUGGCCUCUCAGACAUCCCAGGAGAGGCCAUGGUGAAGCUGUACUGCCCUAAAUGUAUGGAUGUCUACACACCCAAGUCCUCCAGGCACCACCACACAGAUGGAGCCUAUUUUGGCACUGGCUUUCCCCACAUGCUCUUCAUGGUUCACCCGGAGUACAGGCCCAAGAGGCCCGCCAACCAGUUUGUCCCAAGGCUGUACGGCUUCAAGAUCCACCCCAUGGCCUACCAGCUGCAGCUGCAAGCCGCCUCCAGCUUCAAGAGCCCUGUCAAGGCCAUCCGCUAGAGCAUCCAGGACUGAGGAGGAAGAAGAGGAGGAGGAAGAUACCUAGAGAGAGAAAGCAGAAAAGAAUUAUUGGACGGAGAGGGGUCACCUGCAUUUUACAAAGCUCUUCAGAUGUCCCCUCCCCACCCUGAGGACUGUAUUAUUUUGGUUUAGACUAGUGCAAAUGAAAACGAUUUUUGAGUGUGAGCGAGACAUAAAAACGCACAGCCAUGAUCUUAAUUACAAACACACACACACACACACAUGCACACAUAAACACAGCCGCAAACUUGGUUUUCCAUGCACGUACCUUACCAAACUCAUCCGUGCCAAAAACAGAAGGCGAGGUAACAGGAAGCUGAACAAUACAGGGGCUCACUGCUACUGCUGCAGUUCACUCACACCACGAGCACACCGAUGAGAGAAUUACGUUGUUGGUGGGUGACUCUACAGUUUGAAUUUCUUUUUUUCCCUGCAGAAAGAGUUUUAGUUGACAGAUGGAAAGCUAAAGGAAAAAAAAAAACAAAAAACUGACUAUGUGUUUGUUCUGUAUUUGGCACAGUUUGGUGGUGGUAAACCCUCCCUGUUAGCCCCCUCUCCUCGAUGCAUGUACACUCAGGCUGGCACUCCUGUAUCACGCGUUUGUAAAAUUUGGUUUAUCUGAUGUUUUGUGGUGUCAUUGCACAAAGCAUUUUGUUAAAUUUGCCUUAAGGUACAGAGAAACACCCAGAUUGCUUUGCUUUUCAACAAUUUCUUCUUUUUUUCCCCUCCCCACGUUUCUUUCUGCUUUUAGAGAAGGUAGAGUGGAAAUAGGUCAGAUUUGUGUUGAUUUCUGAAUCGUCAAACAAUUGUAACAAGCCUGUGUCAUUUCUCCAGCUGUCUGUGCGUGUCAAACAACAGUCUGUACUGGUACCUUCCUAAGUGAGAAUAUAUCCUGUGCAAGGUUUUUGUCGUCCCCCCCACCCCGACAGGUUUUUCCCUCCUGCAGCAGCAGGUUUUGUGCUGUCACCCACCUUCCCCCCUAGCUUCAUCUCCGCUACAGAAGUAGUUUGACAUUUGAGGAAAGUGACUUUCUGGCAGCGAAUAGAUGAAAAAUCGAUACCAUUUAUGUCCAUAUGGUAAACAUAAAGCUACAGUGAGCAUCCAUUAGCUCAGACUGUAAACAGUUAGCGUGGCUUUGUCCUGCAGUCAGAAAACCCUCCAACCAGCACUUCUGAAGCUCUACAUUUAACUUAAUCCUACCAGAAACAGAAAUGUAUACUUUGAAAUAUAUAGAUGGCCAUUUAUAGGUUUCUUUUUUGGAGGGAUUUUAACAGAAAAAUGCUAACUUGUGAGCUGUAUGGGUGACUUGUUAUACAAAAAAAAUGACUUGUAAAAUCAACAAUUUGCAAUUUUUCAGAGUGUUAUGUGUCGGUUAGCAGUGGAGCUCAAUAUUGCAGGCUUUUAAAGGGACGACAUAAAGACAUCUAACUGUAAUUAUUUGUAUUUUUGCUUAGUUUGCAGGAACAGUUUUAGAUGACCCCUUAAAUUCAGCUGUUCACCUGUACUGCAGAAUUUAAGAAAAAGCUGCAUCCAGUGAUUAGCAUUUAACUUGUCUUUAAAGACUGAGCUCCGGACACUCAUGCAUGUAGCCUAACGUGGCACACAACACCCUGUUAAAAUAUCCAGUUGUAAUUUUUACACUGUUUAAAUGAAUCUAGACAGAGCUAGGGCUGCUGUUUCCAGUCUUGUUGCUAAGCUGCUGUUUGUAGCUUUAUAUAAGCGCAGUAGGUAUUCAGCUUUCUCGUCUAAAUUUUCAGUAAUUAUUCCCCCAAAAUGUCCCAACUACUCCUGCAAACAUCGAGGAGACUCAGAAUUUAGACAAUCUAAAUCCUUGAGCUCACUCCACCACUGCACUGAUCCUGCUGGUGUAUCUCCACAGCACAGUCAUUAUGUAUGUUCAGGUUCAAAGACUGACAGACCACCAGCCACUUGUUUUUUUGUUUCUAAGACCGUGGAGGCAGACACUCUGCGUGCCCUCCCUCUCCUCUUUUACUUUUCGUGUGACUGCAGUAGAGUUUUGCGUUUGGAUUUCAUGAUACAAGAGAAGCGGUAUUUAUGUGUCCAGAUUUUAACUAAUGUUUGUCUGUGUUGUUGUCUUUCUGCUACUGUGGAAGGGUGAGCAGGAUUCAGAAUUCUCAAUAAACUUCUAUUUUCUUUUCAUA